AGCCGCUGCUCACCUUAUUACCCUGUGCGCCAUAGAUCCUCGUUUCAGUGUUCACACUCAUCAAACCGUCUUCGUAAAAAUCGAGAUUGCUAGGAUUCAGAAGACAUGUGUCAUCAGAUAUCUCAAGUCUUCCUUCCACUUGAGAAGUUGGGUGAUUGCCACGCUUGUCAGACCACCGCUGCCACAAAGAUUUGUUCUGCAUGUGGAGAGCGGGCUUACUGUUCUCAAGAGUGUCAAAGCCAAGACUGGAAAGACCAUAAAUUGGGAUGCGGUAAGACUGACCGCAUCGAUCUCGAACACUUCUAUCCCUUCCUUGCUUGGAUGUACGCAUAUUCCCACAUGACCGCCACCAAACCCAUACACCCCGCACUUCAACACAAGAUCAUCAACGACGUGAAUCCAUACGUCACCCCAACCCAACUCCCAGAUGGCUGGGAAGCCAAACUGGUAAUGAUAGAUGACACCCAAGCUCCGAGACCAUUUCUCGACCAUAUGGAUUGGUUCCCAUUGGCUUAUAGUCCAAAAGUGGCUGGUAAAAUGUUUCGUAGGAUCGCCUUGAGUGGUUACGUCCUACCGAUUCUCACUGCUGUUGCGUCGGCGAUAUUGGCGGAGAUGUACACGACGACGUCAGGUGCAGGUUCAUCUGAACGACGAGUACGCUUGAAAUACCGUUCAUCACCUAUUAGCGAUUUCGGUAUUGCCACCGGGAGCGCUGUGGUCACCCCGCAGGACAGGUUAGCGUAUUACAGACAAUCGGACGGUUCGAUUUUUUGGGGGCAAGAUCCGGACGAUCAUUAUUGGCUAUACUUCACUACAACUCGAGGGGAAGAGGUCCUCCUGGAUUGCGCGAUGUUUCCCUUUAAUAUGUGUCAAAUGGUGGAUAGCACGCCGUACGUCCCUGCAGAGAUGCCUAUGCAGGAGAUGGACCCGGCCUUGUCCCUGCGUUUCUCUCAGAACGCAUCGUACGGAAGAACACUCCGCCAUUGCAUCGGGAACGAAACUGUCUUUCUAUACUCCGAGAUCCCAAGCUGCACGAGGUUAUAAAGGUAUUUGUGCAAGUGCGUGACCCGUCGGGGAGCAUGACGCCGGACGACCUCCAACCGUUCGACGAGUAUAUGGAAAGGCUCUCCGGACGGUCUCUCACGGAUGUAGAGAGGACUCUUCUAUUGGCUGAGUCCUCAUCAUUGUGUAUCUUUACAUUACGUCUUGUGCCCGAAAGAUGAGAGAGGUGGAAGAAGUUCCCAAAGGAGCCGCAAGUGGGCAUUGAGGGUGAUCCGAGAGAGCUGGAUGACUUGGAUGAUCCUGAUUCUCAUUGGGCUAGGAGGCACAGGGAGUGGAAGAAGGGAGAGAAAGGAAGGAAGAAGCACAACGUGCGUUGAAUUUUGUUAGGUCUUGGGUUUGUAAUUCAUCAAGGAAGUAUGGUGCUGCAUUUUGUAAUCUCAUCAGGUUUAUUACUCACAUCGCUAUUUCUGUUUGAUAUUUUGAAAUGACAAAUUCAAACACG